UAUCAUUGCUCAUGUAAGAUGGAAGUAGAGGCCAUCCAUGGCACCAUAUCAUGAGCAUAUUUUUAUGCUGAAACUAUCAUUGGGCACCAAAGAUGUGUAUACGACGCUAUGAAAGUUCAGAGAACUGGAGAUUUUUCCCACAAACUACGUACUUAGCCCACUCGACUCAGGUCGACUCGUAUAUAUAGUAUCUGUGAAACUUGAACUAAGUAUUGAAAUCGGCAAUUCGAUAUUACAAUCAUGGACCAUUAUCUUGAAGGAAUGGCAAUUUCAAUAGGCAGUUUUCCACCAUCUAAAGGGACCUUGUUUGUACCGAAUAGGAAAGAAUCCAGGAUAGCAAGAAGGUAUCAAGAGAAUAAUUCUGCAACACGUAUCCUUCCAUCAGGUAAUAUGCUUAAAAAACCAGGAAUUGAGAGGAUGAUUCCUCGAAUACGCAGAUCCUGGAACGAUGAUGACAAUCCAGAGAAGAGAAGUGAGAACAACGGAGUUUGGUUCGGACCACGAUUGGGGCGUACCCUUUCAAAUCCAGAUGAGAUGAAUAGCCCUCCAUGGAUUGUGAUAAAUGAUAUUCCAUUGGAUUUGGACCAUAAUGAUGUUGAUGAAAAUGAAAUACCAGAACGAAUAGCAUGUAAAUAGAGACGAUGACAAGAUUUUGGUAUUUUUUAGCCCUAUACCUACUUUUAUAAAGAAUAUGAUGUUAUAAUAUAUCAGAAUAUAACACGAUAUGCAGACGCUUUCCUUCUGAUGACCUCUCAUAAAAAUUAUUCGGAGAAACAAAUUUGUCGGUACCUAUUUUUUUCAUAAAAAAAAAUAUCAGCUGAUAGAGGCCAUAUUAUCCGAAAUUCCAUGAAAUAAACGUGUCAUCGAAGCCUUAAGG